UUAGCAUCAACAAAAACAAGAAAAUUUAAAGUUCUUUUUUUUUUCUCCCUCGAACUAUAUUCAGAAGACAAUAGAAAUGGCAUUGGUGAGAGGUCUAAUGGGUGGGAAGAAGAUCCUAAACAGAGUACCAAAGGGACACAUUGCAGUGUACGUCGGCGAGGGAGAGAAGACGAGAUAUUUGGUGCCUCUUUCGUACUUGGAUCACCCUUCCUUUCAACAACUGCUUCGUAGAUCUGAAGAGGAGUUUGGUUUCAGCCAUCCGAUGGGCAGACUGACAAUCCCCUGUCCCCAACAUGUUUUCGUCGCCCUAACUUCUCAGCUCCAUUGAAGAUGUUUUCUUAAGAAAACACAAAUAUUUUUGUCUCAUUGCUGUGAAUACACAAACAGUUUUUUCCUCUUUCUUAUUGAUAGAAAAAGUGUACGUAAAACGUUCUUGGAUAAGUUAGUAUUGUUUCCAUGCAUAUAGAUGUGCAUAUCUGCCCAAAUAUAAUCAAAUAGAGACUGGAUUCUCAAUGAUUUUCGAUAGAAUGAGAGUAAAAUCUGUCGCAAAUAAAAUUGUUAUAUCGAGACCAAAGAUGUUAUUACUAAACAUAAUUAUUUCAAUAUCUUUAUCAAUAACAGAGACAUAGAUCCUCUUGCAAACUUCUACCUCCGCGAAAUAUAAAAACCCAAAAACUCCUACAUUCUACUUUGAUGCAGGAGGAGCCGCCACAGCCUUGGAACAACUACUUUUGAGAAGGGGAACAAACGGAUUUAAAGGAAAAAUGGAUGCAAGCAUCCCGGAAUGUUGAACAACGUCGACCCGCAUUUUGUCAAAUCCGGAAAACCGGGUAAACCGGGCGGGAAAAGUCCAGGGAAACCGGGAACGCCGGGCGGGAAGAGUUCAGGUAAACCGGGAAGUUGCUGCGGUUGUUGCCCUUCCGCCGCUAGGCUUUGUUUCGCGCAAUCAGUGAUGCACAAACUGACAACUAGCAACGUUGAAAAGAUCACCCUCCAUUUGCUCUCCAUUGUGCAGAUAAUAAUAUAACAAGAAACAAAUACGGUUCUCGAUGGUAUGUGAAACCAGAAACAAACAUAUGAAAUUUAUAGGGUUAAAAAAGCUACCGGUUUUUAUUUUACAGUCAAUGCUUAUUAA